AUGAAGCCGUCGGAAACAAGAGAGGAUGCGGAUGUGGUAAUCCCUAGAGAAGUAGUCCAAAAGGCCCAGGAUAAGCUCGAGAAUGUUCUUUAUGGUUAUUUCUUGGGUAGCAGGUUGCCUUUUCCGGUUGUGGAGUAUUAUGCAAAAAAUGUUUGGGCGAAGUUUGGUUUCACGAAACUGAUGAUGAAUGCGGGUGGCUUUUUCUUCUUCAAGUUUGAGACUAAAGAAGGUAUGCUAAAUGUGUUAGAAGGUGGCCCUUGGCUUAUAAGGAAGAUUCCCCUAUUCCUCAAUAUUUGGACUCCAUCGGUAAGUUUGAAAAAGGAUGGGAUUAAAACGGUGCCGGUAUGGAUCAAAUUGCAUAAUGUUCCCCUUGCAGUUUACACUGAUGAGGGUCUGAGUUUACUAGCGUCAAAGCUUGGGGUCCCGAAAAGAUUAGAUGCUUAUACGGCUGAUAUGUGUGCUGACAAUUGGGGUCGCACAAGCUUUGCUCGGGCCAUGAUCGAGUUAUCGGCGGACAACGAGUUAAAGGAGCACAUUGUCCUUGCUAUUCCUAAGUUAGAUGAAGACGGUUUUCUGCUGGAAAAAGUUAACGUUGAAUAUGAGUGGAAACCUCAAAGGUGUUCAGCUUGUUGUCUUUUUGGCCAUUCGGAUUCUACCUGUCCUAAAUCAUUAGCUUCGAAGUCUAAACAAGUAACAACUGAUGAAGAUGGGUUUGUAACUGACAAAAGGAAAGUUGCUAGAUAUGGAUUUCCUCAAAAGAAGCAAAAGCCGAAAGUUGUUUAUAGACAAAAAACUAGCCAUAUGGGUCCUGGUCCAUCCGGAACUAAGAAUGAUGAAGGUGAACGGCCUGCGGCUAAGGCAAGUCAAGGUGUUAGUAAUAGUAACCUGAAUUUGAAGAACUCCUUUUCGGUUCUGGAUCAAAUGGCUGAUGGGGACCCAACUACGAGUAACAGUAUGGGUGAGAGUUCAUUUGAUGAAGACUGUGUAAAGCAUAAUACAACUGAGAUUUCUGAGUUUAUGUGUGCGGGUACUAGUAACAAAAAAUCUGAGGGGGCAAGCACUCCCGGUCAAGCUGGUGUCCAUGGGUAG